CGGCGUCUCCUUCGGGACGUGCGGCGCCUUCUGCGAAAUUUUACGCGAACUAAAGUUUGUCCGAGCUGAAGUUUGGAGAAUGGACUGAAGUGAAUCGGACGAGGAGGGAGAACUGUUCACUCCCACCGAACCGACACCGAGGAACCAUGCAGACGCCUCUGAUUCUGCUCAGUGUGUUCUGCUGCCUCUCCGCCCAGUCCAAACGGAACCAGAACCGCACCAACCACGAGGAGCCGGGCCGGAGGAAGCCGCCGCACAUCAUAUUCAUCCUGACGGACGACCAGGGCUUCAACGACAUCGGGUACCACAACCCGAGCAUCAGAACCCCGACCCUGGACAAACUGGCAGCGGAGGGCGUGACCCUGGAGAACUACUACGUCCAGCCCAUCUGCACCCCGUCCCGCAGCCAGCUCCUCACCGGCAGGUACCAGAUCCACACCGGGCUGCAGCACUCCAUCAUCAGGCCGCGGCAGCCCAGCUGCCUGCCCUCGCACCUGGACACGCUGCCGGAGCGGCUCCGCGAGGCCGGCUACAGCACGCACAUGGUGGGGAAGUGGCACCUGGGCUUCUACAGGAAAGCCUGUCUCCCCACCAGAAAGGGCUUCGACAGCUUCUUCGGCUCGUUGACAGGAAGUGUGGAUUACUACAGUUACGGGUCGUGCGACGGGCCGGGCCUGUGCGGCUACGACCUCCACGAGGACGAGGCCGUGGCCUGGGGCCACGAAGGCAAAUACUCCACGCUGCUGUUCACGCAGAGAGCGAGAAAGAUCCUCCAGAACCACGACCCGGCGGAGAGGCCGCUCUUCCUGCUGCUGUCCCUGCAGAACCAGAACCAGAACCAGCGCCGUCUCUCUCACCACCUCUGUGUCUCCAGGCCGUCCACACUCCGCUCACGCCCCCAAAGGCCUACAUCUACCCCUACCACACCAUGGCCAACGUGGCCCGCAGGAAGUACGCCGCCAUGGUGUCCACCGUGGACGAGUCGGUCCGAAACGUCACCUACGCGCUGCGCAAGUACGGCUUCUACAAGAACAGCGUCAUCAUCUUCUCCACCGACAACGGCGCGCAGCCCUUCACCGGCGGCAGCAACUGGCCGCUGCGCGGCCGCAAGGGCACGUACUGGGAGGGCGGCGUGCGCGGCCUGGCCUUCGUGCACAGCCCCCUGCUGCGGCGGCGGCGCCGCGUGUCGCGGGCGCUGCUCCACAUCACGGACUGGUUCCCCACGCUGGUGGGCCUGGCCGGAGGCGACAGCAGCAAGAGUCCGGGUCUGGACGGGUUCGACGUGUGGCCCGCGAUCAGCGAAGGGAAGGAGUCGCCUCGUCAGGAGAUCCUUCACAACAUCAACCCCCUGCACAAACCCACAGCUCCGGGCGCGAAGGGCGCGUCAGAAGAAGAAGAAAAAGAAGACUCUCAAACAGCAGCCGAAGCAGAAGUCUGCAUUCCAGCUAAAGACUGCGAGGAAACAGAAAGUCAAAAAGAAACCCAAGCGAAAGCUCGUCCUGAAACCAAAACCCGGAUCCAAGACCAGAACCAAAGUCCGCGCCGCGAGUCCACGGCAGCUCUACAGACCGCGCCGCAUCGUGUCCCGCUGCAGGUCCAAACGCAGGCACGCGUCCCGGUCUGAAUCCAGUAGGACUCCAGUCCACAGCACAUCCCAGCCGGGCUCGGCCCAUCCCCCGCUCACGCCCCCGUCCUCCCAGUCCGUGCCGGACCCGUCCUCCCAGUCCGUGCCGGACCCGUCCUCCCAGUCUGUGCCGGACCGGUCCUUCCAGUCCGUGUGGGACCCGUCCUCCCAGUCUGUGUGGGACCCGUCCUCCCAGUCUGUGUGGGACCCGUCCUCCCAGUCCGUGCCGGACCCGUCCUCCCAGUCCGUGUGGGACACGUCCGUUCAGGCUGCCAUCAGAGUUGGCGACUGGAAGCUGCUCACAGGAGACCCGGGCCACGGAGACUGGGUCCCUCUGCAGCUGCUGCCGUCGCUGCCUGGUCGCUGGUGGAACCUCGAACGCACCUUCUCGCCGUCGACCCACAAAACCGUGUGGCUCUUCAACAUCACCGCUGACCCGUGCGAGCGGCACGACCUGGCGGAGCAGAACCCACACGUGGUCCGACGGCUGCUGGCCCGGCUCGCCCACUACAACCAGACGGCCGUGCCCGUGUACUUCCCGCCCGACGACCCGAGAGCCGACCCGGGCCGGCACGGCGGCGCCUGGGUGCCGUGGGUGGAGGAGGGGGAGGGGGAGGGGGAGGAGGGGAAAUACCGAGGCGUGUACAAGAAGAGCAGGAACAGCAGGAAGAGGAAGAAGCCGCGGUGUCAGCUGUGCAAGCUCAACGCCUUCUUCCUCAAACUCAACACCAGGAUGAUGUCCAAUCGGAUCUGAGGCUCCGGGAUGCGACGGGCCUCUGCGUCUGAGGCCUCAGGAGCUUUACUGUGAUUCACAGGGAGAAUUCACAGCAGGAGCUCAGUUCUUAAGACGUCUCCACUUCAACUUAAGGUGGAUCACAGACACCUCAUGUAAAGAACAUCAACCCUUCACAUGGUGGGUAUUUUAUCUUCUUCACAACCGGACCGAGUUCAGAACCAGAACUGUCGCUGCACACUGUAAAACAUCACUUAUGGUAAAUUGUUUUCAAUAAUCUAAGCUUUUCAUAAAAUUUCCUCUGCUGUUUGUGAUGCAUAAACACAUUUAAGCACUUUUUGAUAUAUUUAUAUUUUCACACUUCAAUGCUAUUGUGUUUUAUUUACUGUGGAUCCUGUGGCUGAAUUCCUUACAUCAACUACUGUGACUAAUGCUGAAUAAUCAGUCCGACAGAGGGUAAUAAAAUCCUGCAUUAGUCAUAUUCAACUCUUUCAUUAUCGGGGGAAUUUCAUUCGUUCAUUGCCAACUGGUGGCAGCGUUGAGUGGAACCCACAGGACACAGGUGAACGAUGGCAGUUAGAUUCAGGCCAAACUCCCACUGCUGUGGUUUUAGCCUCUGACCUGUGAACACUCAACGAGCCCGCGGAACGAGAAGCAGCUGCUGUGUUCACCACCAGGUGGCGUCAGACUUGGUUUGGACACUGAUCAUGUCACACAGGACUAAGGUUGUGACGUAGAGUCACAGCCUCAGUCGGAAUGUUGGACCUGACAAACGUCCUUCACAUCUCAAGCAGCUCAUGAAUAAAGGUUCAGUGUGUAAAUGGACAAAGCCAAUGUUUCAUCUUUGAUUCUUCACAUCUUCUGGUUUCUUUUUUAGUUUUACUGGUUUUCUACUCUUUUUUUUCUUGUUAAUCCCAUUCAUGCUUCUGGUUUUACUAACUUCUACUGUUAAGUUGCAGACAAGAUGUUACGUAUUACAACUGAUCAAUCCUUCGAAUAAGAACUGUCUACAUCAUACAUUUGAUACACAAAAACGAGACAUGCAGUUGAAAAAACACAAUGCCCUGGAUUUUUUUAUUUCAUUUUGUGACAAUUCAAGAGGAUUCUUAGUCUUUACGUUGUGGGAGAUUCUACAAAAACAAAAGUCAUGAAUCAACUGGGCCACUGGAAUGGGCACUGGGACUGUGGUACAGACAAAGAGAAAACUACAAGUAGCCUUGUUCAGUACCAAACUCUUCACAGAAGAGAGCGAGUUUUUAGGUUUUUUCUUCUUAUCCCAAAUGAAGGCACCCGAUAACUUGUAGUUCGUGGCCUUUCAGCCUUCUGGAGUUUCUAAAAGUACAAACUGCCUUUUUUCAUGAAUACAUGUUUUCAUCCUUACACAGAAGCUGGAAUGAUAGUAAAUGUCAGUUACUGCAUUUUUUACUCCUUUGUUCAUUUUUUUAAAUCAACAAGUAACAAAAUAAUGAAGCUUUUUGUGAGGAAAAGUAUAAAAUGUUGAUAAAAAAUUGGGGGCGGGACAUCGCCUAAAAAAAAAAAAAAAAAAGGACCAACUGGUGCAAACCUGACAGAAGCAGCAUCGAAUACCAGAAAGAUCAACUUAGUGCUCACAUGAGUCAGAAGCAUCAAAGUCUUUAUCCCCAUUGUUUUGUUACUUGUCUCAGGAAUUGUACAGGUGUGGAAGAGCUCGGUGGAAACUAAAACUGAUGCCUAGAACAGAUUCACACGUUCCAUCUCCUGCUCGGCCUUGAUUUCUACGAAUGCACACAUGGACUUAACCCGACACAUGGAACAUCAUGGAAGAACCCGACUGAGCUCCCGGCCACGUUCACAACAUCCACAGGAAACAAAACCAACCGAAGGCCGACUUGCAGCGCGGGAGGUCCGGGACAGGUACAGUGCAAACUAAUUUGAAAAAUGAAUGUGCGGGAAAAAAAACCCUUGUAAACACGGCACAAUAAAUAGAACAAACAGCAGGUUUGCACCAUGCGUGAUGACACUGUCUGAUACACCUUUCACACCUCAUACUCGCACCAGUUGCAGUUUGUCUUUUUAAUUUGAUUUUUUAUAUCUUGAGUGCAAAACAUCACAAAUGAACAAUUCUGUAUUCAAGUAAUGUUAUAUACAAGAACAGGGAUGUGGGGAAGGGCCAUUACAAAUAUGCAGUACUGUACAUAUAAUUGUCAUAUUAAGAAUUUACAGACGAUCUCUUAUUAACAGUAACAAAUAGGGAAAUGGGGGAAAAGAAAAAUUGUAUGAGACGAGCAUUGCAAUUAAGUCCCAAAACAGUUGCCAUGGAAACCCAGCCCUGCCGUCCUCGUUCCGCCACCACAUUCACGACUACUGAACGAUGCAUAGCACCUAAAAAGCAAACCCCCCCC